UAACUUCAUACUUAAACGUUAACCUAUAAACAAAGCGUAAGUUUGCUUACGUUUGAAAUCGUUCCAAUUGAUUUAUUUCUCAUAAAAAAAUGACCGCCGACUUCUACAUCCGUUAUUACGUCGGCCACAAAGGUAAAUUUGGUCAUGAAUUUCUCGAAUUCGAAUUUCGCCCCGAUGGAAAGCUCCGCUACGCGAACAAUUCUAAUUACAAGAACGACACGAUGAUCCGAAAAGAAGCCUACGUCCACCAAUGCGUUAUGGAAGAACUCAAAAGGAUUAUAAUUGAUUCGGAAAUAAUGCAAGAAGACGAUUCAUUGUGGCCCCCACCCGAUCGUAUUGGACGCCAAGAACUCGAAAUUGUCAUCAACGAUGAACAUAUUUCUUUCACCACGUCUAAAACGGGCUCUUUGGUGGAUGUGAGCCAAUCGAAAGAUCCUGAGGGAUUGAGAUGUUUCUAUUAUUUAGUGCAAGAUUUGAAAUGUCUUGUGUUUUCUUUAAUCGGGUUACAUUUUAAAAUUAAACCUAUAUAAUGUAGUUAUUUUUGUAAUAUGUUUGAUGUCUAAAAAAUUCAAAUUAAUAAAACU